UUCUCUCCUUAUCCAUACUUAUCAAGAUGAGGGAACCGCGCAAGCAAUCCACUGCAAAGGCCACACUGGAACCUGUUGUCAGCAAGCUGGAACGGUUCGUCUUGUACGAGACAUCGAGUCACCUGUACCUGACUGCUAGUGACCGGUCCGAAACCACCUACAGAGUGCUCAAGCUCGACCGUCGAGUGGUGAAUCCAACAUCCCUGGCAGACAUUUGCCAGGAAGAUCCGGUCGUGUACACUCCAAUCGACAUGAUCGAGAUGUUGGAUAUGAUCCACGAGGGAAACCGAACCGUUGGAGGGCUCAGCAUGACUGCCAAGGGUUAUGGCAUCGUAGGAUUCGUCAGGUUCCUCGAUUGCUACUACCUCAACUUCAUCACGCAACGCAGGCUGGUAGGUGCGAUCGGGGGAAACUUGGUAUAUGCCAUCAAAGCCACGGAAAUGUUUGCUAUCAAACCUGCCGACACUGCAUCUGGGGCACUCAGCUCUACCGCAGCACACGGCAAUGACUCCAAUGCGUUCGUCAGCACCUUGGCGAAGGUCAACCGGCGGCUUCACCCCACCCAGAGGGAAACAGCGGAGGCAAAGUAUCUGGGCCUGUUUCAGUUCAUCGACUUGACGAAGGACUUCUUCUACUCCUACACGUACGACCUCACCAACUCCUUGCAGCACAACAUGACGGCGGCGACGAGCAAAACGUUUCCCCCUCCGCCGUUCAAGGACAUGUACGCUUGGAACUUUCACCAGACCCGAGAGCUCGAGGCGCAGGUGGGACACCUGAACUCGUCCUUCUGGGUGAUUCCCAUCGUACACGGAGCUUAUCUACAGCGCAAGUGCGACCUGUCUGGACGCAUGCUGAACAUAACGGUCAUCGCUCGCCGCUCCAGGCAUUUCGCAGGAACACGGUAUUUGAAGCGUGGCGUGAGUGACACGGGCAAAGUGGCGAAUGACGUAGAGGUCGAACAGAUCGCACAUGCGGAAGGGAUCAAGGAGGGCGUGUUCUCUUCGUUCUUGCAAAUGCGAGGAUCCAUUCCGACGUUCUGGACACAAGAAAGCAGCAUUUCAAUCCCCAAGCCCCCCAUCGUCAACAGUCGUGUUGACCCCAUGUACUCUGCCACUCAGGAUCACUUCGCGGAUCUUUUAGAGAGAUAUGGCUCGCCUGUCCUGGUCCUUGACCUAGUCAAGCAGACGGAGAGGAGAGAACGGGAGGUCAUCGUGGGCAGGGAAUAUCGCCGGGCAGUUGAACAUGUCAACUCCACCAUGCCGUCGGAGCACAAGAUCAGGUACUGCGCCUUGGAUUUUUCUCACUUGAGCAAACACCGCGACAUGAACGUUCUGAAGGCGCUGGAAGAAGUUGCAGCUUGGACUGUGGGGCAAGUCGGAUUUUUUUGCAGGCAAGCGAGAUCGCGGUAUUGUUGCUGCUAUUUCGCUGUUCAUUGGAUACCGGGCUCUGCGAGUGAUGAGUCGGAAGCAAGAACCCGCCUCCUCGCCUCUACUUCCGUGCUUUCCCCCCAUUUUUCUGUAUCUUCUUGGUCCCAAAGCGCUCCUCGCCGAGAACUGCUGCCGAAAGACGAGGGCACCACCGGGGGAGGCGAGCUGCCAUCACUCAGGCGAGCCCAAAGCUAUUCCCAAGGCGGUUUGGCAAGAACCCGCAACGCACCGGAAGCGCAACAAAAUCUCAACGAAGUCAACGGGCAAGGGGCGGCAAUGCUGCACGCUAAAAGUGGCGAACCGAAACGACCCUCUGGAGAUCCUUCUGGUCUAUUACCACCACCUUGGGGCCAUGGACUCCCUGUGAUGCCGAUGGAGCAGCAAGGCGUCCUCCGCACGAACUGCAUCGAUUGCUUGGACAGGACAAAUGUUGGUCAGUUUAGCAUUGGCGUACACGCACUCGCCAAACAGCUUUACGUCAUGGGCGUCAGCAACCAAGUGUCCUUGGAGUCUGGAUCACAGGUCGCGUUGGUGUUCAUGGAGCUCUACAGCGAGCUCGGAGACAACAUUGCUCUUCAAUACGGAGGUUCCGAAGCACACAAAAAAGUGUCGAGGGGCAACGGACCAGGCAAGCAGGUGGGGUCUAUGAACAAACAUCGCGAGUUGCUUACGUCGAUCCGUCGAUACUACAGCAACGCCUUCACAGAUCGUGCCAAGCAAGACGCCAUCAACCUCUUCCUGGGAUACUACGUCCCAACCAGCACCGGCAAGCCGUUGUGGGAGCUCGACACAGACUACUAUUUGCACAACUUUCACGCUGAGAACGCUGGUCUCCAGAGCAUGAGAGAGUACAAGAAAGACCAGUACUUCUUGGACCAGGACGAGGAACCCACCGGUGACAGCAACGAGAGUGGGGCGAACGCCCUUUCAGCAGCGACAACCUUGAGUGGGAUGAUAGAUGAAGACCGCAUAGCAGAGAUGCAGCUGAAGCGCCGCCGCGUGCGCCGGAUGUGCGCUCGACAACGGGCUGCCACAAGCCAGUGGUGGCGAGAUGCAUUGCAGCGGUACGCUCAGCAACGGAUGUGGAUGCACCUCGGCCCACCAAAGCAAGGACAACUCCCAGAACGCUUCAUUCGAAUACACGAGAAGGAACCACGGCGUGGAGAUCAGAGCGUCACCAUCGGGCGGUACGUACGAGACAUAUCUGUCAAGGCACGAAGUAUGCUCGGUCGACCACAGCGCGGCGUGCUUACCUCAAGCAGGCCGACGGAGUCCGUUCACGCAGAUCGCGAGCCAGACACGCGAGAAGGCCCAAUGUGGGGCGUUCGUGACGUGGCUUACAUUGGGUCGCCGCUUGCGGAAGAGGAUGCCGACACAGAGUUGGCAUCGUAUGCGGCCUUUUCGAACGACAUGAGUCUUCUCGUGGAUCCUGAGAACGAGACGGAGUUAGCUUCUUAUUUGGCAGAUUUCACGCUAGCCACAGAUACCGCCGCGGGUGCCCUGGCGUUGCAGAAGUUGGCGGAGGAGCACCACUGUGGAGCAACGCUCACGGUCGAGCCGUACGAAGGGCUACGCAAGGAAGAGCAAGAGCAAGCCCAUCUCGAGGAGGUGCUGGGUUUGGAGGCCUUGCAAAGCAGAACCAGCACGUUCGCAACAGACGAGAGCAUGGACCUGUAUUGCUCGUAUUUUUCCAAGGAUGGUGCGGUGAGAUCCGCCCCUUCAAGGUCUCGCGAAAAACAGCCGAGCUCCUCUGGUGCGGUGAAGAAGAGGAUGGACGAUCGAUCCAACUUCACUAUGGUCGAAGAAGACGUCUUCUCUCCCAAAGAAUACCAGUUUUGAUGUCGUAUGACCCAUAUGUUAACUCGAAAAAUGAAUGCUGUGAUAUCCUCUCCGCCUUUUUUUGUCCGCUACCCAUCGGCCCUGCCAGGGACGAUCUGUUUCGGCAGCCUACUUGUGCCCUGUUUGCUCUAACGCGUUCGGCUAACAGUCUUGGGUUUUACAGCUCAUGCAGAUACGCCCUGCAUUCAAGCAGAGUCUGGGGCCAGUGAAGUGGCUUUCCCCCCUUGAUCAGUGUUUUUUAUCAUGCAGUUGUCUCUGUCUCCAUCAUUUCCCCAGUCAUGCCAUUCUUUAAACCUGCGAGGCGGGAAACCACUCUGGCCUACCACUUACCCACUCUGGCCUACUAGUUACUAUGUGUCAGGUCUGACUUCGAAGAAAUGACUGGUAUUUUCUGCAUGUCGGUCGGAACGAAAUGUCUCUCUAUUGUACGAUAGUGUGAUGGAUUGUGUUGAAUGGGAUUCAAUUGUUCGUGUGAUCCAGCCGAGUAAACAGCACUACGUUUUGUUUAUUGUUCUCAAGAAGAGAACCUGCUACACGCAGACGGAGUAGGAUGCUCGCCUCGCUUGAGGCAACCUCCCGUUGGAGAACUCUCCUAGAUGCAGAGAGGACACAAUUUUGGUUAUUCCUUGCCCAGACUCUUGCGCUGGUGGUCUUGGCCACCUGUAGAGGGCUAUAGACGUAUUGCAGCCGGCAAGGGGGAGGGACUAAGUCGGAAAAUGCCGCAAGCGAGGUCAAUAUGCUCUUCUUCGUCUGCGUGUAGAGUGAGUGGUCUAUCUGACCAUUGUUUCAAAAUUGGAUGUGGCAUCCCGUUGGCGUUACUCUGUAUCACGAAUCCGAUGUACAACAACCGUUGGAAAGAAAAUAAUAGUGACUGCACAAACAAUUUUACCCCCACCUGUAUCAACGAACAAACAAACCGUUUUGUCCGGCAAGAACAGCGCUUCACGAAUUUUGUUCGGGGUGGAGUCGGAAUGAAACAUACACCAUCGUGCUGGUUGGGAACCUGGUGUGGACGGACUCAUGGAGCUCUACACCAUCGCUUGAUCGGUCUUCCAGGAGUCCACACGGAAUCAUUGCAAUCAGUCAUCCCUCCGCGGUGUCUUCGAAAAGAUGAUACGAAUUUGCCCGAUACUGAUUGAAGAGGCAGCUUGCUGUGCUAUCCUACACACUGAUGUGGUUGAAGACACGUAGGCUCUACUCCAUGCCCAGCUAAUGUAAGGCUGCGUACGUGUUGUCGAGGAGUCGAAUCCCAAUCUAGACGAAUGAAGCGGCACAUGGGUUGAUACAUCAAAAAGCCCCCGUCGUGUGUUCUCGGCGUGCUUGUCGUCAGCCUGGAUCGGAACGAGUGAUCCACUCUUGCUCUUCCGCAAGUCGCUCCUAUCUUGCGUCCACAUUACCCUCAAUUUCUUUAUUAGGACAGUCAUGGUCCCUCAAGUGCCGGAACGCGCCCUGCGGAUUCACCGGUAUAUUCUGGGCACCGGCCGCACGAUAAAAAAGUAAUUUAUUUUAGCAGGAGGGCCGUGGUGCCGGUACGUACCGGGAGGCCCGUGGUGCCGGCACCUAUCGAGGCAUUGGAGGCCCUCUGGCACUUCACAUGCAAAUUAUAGGGUAAGGCCAGUUGUUAUGGAUAACUGUCAGAUUUGGAAUCCGGGCGAUGGACAGAAAAUGCUCAAAUCACCCCCCAAAAGCAGGAGUUUUGCGUACUUGAUGUAGCAAACAGAGCGCACCAAGGCACUUAUUACUUCGUCCUCGCCUCACACACGCCUGCUUGCUAUCAAGCCGUCGAAGGCUGCACGUACACUCCACGUGCUUUGGGCUUCUCGGAGCCAAAAUUGGGCAGCUAGAGUGGAGUGUGCACAGAGUAUGCUUCGGAUACUACAGCAAUUUCACCAUUUCCAGUUUGGAAUUACAACCAGUUCAAAUUUGAACUUUUAAGUCCUAAGGAUUCAGUUUUCUGUCGCGGAAUUUUUACAACCUUGUUCGAUUUUGACCCCACAAUAAGUGACUGCUUAAAAUGAAUCCUAAAAGGUGACUCCAAAAAAAUAACCCCGUUCUCUGUUUCAUUUCACUUAGUUUUAGAGUAGGCAAUCUCUGGUCUCUUCUCUAAAAGCAAGUUUUUUUACUUCGGGUGAUAAUUCUCGAGAUUCCAUCGACAGAUUGUCGUGUGCGUUGGUUGGAAGAGUUAUCCCUCCUGAUCCCGUCCGCCCCUUCGUCAAGUUUGAUGCACAAGCUUGUGUUGGUUUUUGAGAACGUCCGUCGUUGUGUGUCUUACAAGGGCUCCAGGCUCGGGCGCCACAGGUACCCUCGCCGUGAGGGAUUUGGUUAACUUAAACAAUAAAUAGAAAGGAAGGGUGGUGGGUGAAGAUUGUGCAGAGCAUACCAAGGCACGAAACUGGCUCUAGGCAGGGUGUGUGGGGUUGGUUGUGGUGCCGAGAAGGCGAUCCUUGCUGCGACUUGUAAAGAUUCAAACGUUCUUUCUCUGUGUGUUGGAAAUAAAGAUUCAGGUAGGUUCCCGCCAUGACCUUGCUGGUGUCUCAGCUGAAAGUGAUACGAAAUUCAUUUUAUUGUGGAUCCGCACUUCUUCUGCUGCCAUAACGUCGUGUUUCGAUCAGGUUCGCACCACUCUGUGUUGAAAAAAGUUUCGGGAAUAGCAGAUUAUCGGAGGCGGAAUUUUUUCGGGAAUUUCGUUUUUGAGUUUGGUAAUGCGUUGUU